CAUUGAAAUCCACAAACACAUGGACAAUUUCAACAGGAAAGAGGAAACCCCUAAAGUGAACAAAUUUGGCUACCAGUCCUGAAGGACAGCAAAAUCAGGAUAUAUAAUUGCUGUCUCCAUGCUGCUCUGUGCUUUCAGCCUCAGACACAGUUAGACUAUGGGCAAACAGUCCGGGAAAUCAGCCCACUCUCUCAGCAAACAGAGAAGCACCCCUGGUUCACCCAGUGAGACGUCUUAACUCACGCACUGCCAGAAUCACCAAAGUCCUCUGUGGUAUUUUCAGCACACUUUACAAUUCUAGAACUUAGACGACUUUCUAAGUGUCAUCCAUGCACGGACUGGGCCCAUAACCCAUGUUGGGUUAUGUAGAAUCAUAUUCUAACAUGCACCCAUGCAGAAGACCUGCUCAUGGACCAGGAAGGCCACUGGAAGGCUCUGCUGUGUAGCUCUGCUCCAAGCUGCAAAGGAAGACUCCUUUCACACAGAAGCUGCCAGCUGGAGAAAGAACUGCUGAACAGAGGAGAACUCGCAAAGAGGACUUUAAUCUGGAGAGUCUGAUAUUUACAAUACAGAUUACUAUCACAGUGUUCCGCCAGACUCCUAUACACAAACCCCACCACCACACAGAGCAUUUGGCUCUCUCUCUUACAUACACAUCCCCUCUUGGGGCUUUGAGCCCUUCCUCCUCCUGGGACGUCACCCAGUUUCCUCUCGCCUGACAGCUGAGACUUUGCAGAAUGGGAGCCGGCUGGUUUCACCUGCUGCCCCUCUGUCAACAGCUUCCUAUGACUAAGGACUCUCCAAACACUACCACUUAAACGCUGGUAACCUUGUCACCUUUGUCCCAGUGCCCCCUGUGGCCACAUCUAUGGCAUUUUCUGAACCAGAGUGUUCAGUGCUCUGACAGGAGUUUUGGUGGGGCGUCUCUGUCUCGCCUGCAAAACUAGUAGAUGGGGUCUUGGUGAUGGUGGGGGGCUGGUGGGAGACCAGCUGGGGCCUGGCCUGACAGGAGCUAAAAGGGGACAGGCAGGGGAGGACCCAGGAGGUUAUUAGUUAACCUGUUGGGGAAAUGAUGCUUUGCAUCCUCCUCUUCCUCUUUAGUCACAUAAGGACUUCUUCCUUUUCUCAUUCUGUUUUAAGAGGCAGUUUAACUAGUGAGCACUCAGUAAAUGCAGUGAGUAGUCUGUAACAGUCCUCCUCUGAGGGAGAUUAACAUCUUUCUUUCUCCUAUUAUAAACACCAGUGAGUUUAGAAUUUAUUUUGUUGCAUAAAUAUUUAUUAAAGUCAUUAUUGUUUAUUUUUAAAGCACAAAUGACAUGUUUGAUGUUCUUUGAGAUUGUCUUUAUUUUCAGGAAGGCAGGUUUAGAAUAAAUAGACUGAGCCACAUUUUUGCUGCUCCGCUGAUGAAAGUUAAAACUCCAACAAAUUUUACUUUCAUGCCUGCAUAUUUUAGUUUACCUUUAAAAGGGUUAACACCCUUUCAAACUAAAAUUGCACCCACAGUUUUGGGUUAUGGGCCCAGAAGAGGUCCCACUCUAGUCCCAGAAGGGGUCCCAGUUUAGACUCAGUGAGGGCUCAGAAGAAGUCCCAAAUUAUUUCCAACUGCUUCUCUUGAAGAUACUGACUUCAAGAAAAAAAUCCCACUCAAACAAUACAGAAUUGCUUCAACUAUAAAGUGCUGUUUAUAUUUAUAAAAUGCCACAGCCUAAAUCUAAUCCAAACCAAGAUGUCUAUGCAGAUUUAUUUGCAGAAGAAGACUCCCUCCAGCAAUAAGAGCACAUGGAGUGCUUUCAUUCUCCCGAAGUCAGAUACUUAAAAGGAAUAGCAGAUUACAAACUGAUGCUGCCAGCCUGGCUCCAACCACAUCUGAUCGCUUAUGCGGAUGCAGACUGGGCUGCAGAUCUUGCAGACAGAAAGCCAACCACCAGAAACCUGAUCUUCUGUGGUGGAGGAGCUGUAAGUUGGACAAGGAAGAAGCAAUCAACGGUUGCUGAUUCUUUUACUGGAGCUGAGUGUGUUUCAGCCAAAGCAGCAUGUGAUGAAAUCAGAUGCAGGCACAACUUCCUACUGGACUUUGGAUUCCAAAACCCAAACCAACCAUUUUGAUGCAAGAUAAUCAGAGCCGCAUCACGAAUUCUCAGAGUGAAAAGCCACUUAAGAGAUCACCUUCCACAAAGUGCAAGAGAUGUGCAAAUGUGGACUAUUCCAACUGGAAUACUGCAACACAGAAGCUAUGAUUGCAGAUAUCCUCGCUACAUUCUGCCCAAAGAUCGUUUCCAGAGGCUACGUAAAGGAAUGAAGAUCCUUGAGGCAGUGCAACAGAGGCGCCAGAGGCACUAUCCAGAUCCUCCUGUAUACAAGAUGGAGGAGAAGGAGCUCCUGUGGAGCCUCCUGUUGCCCAUUGUUUGGGUUUUGCAAGAAGAUUGCAAGGGAACCAAGUAAAAUGUCCCAAACCAGAUCUCAUCUCCCAUCUGGAAAAAAGAGAGGAUCCCUUCGACCAGAGUUCUCUGAAUGGGGAGAGGCCUGCAGAUCCCCGCUGCCCAAGCCUGGACCCCUGCUGCCCAAGGAGGGUCUCCCCACCACCGGACCAUUGUUUCCCCUCCACCUGGAGCUCAGCCAUUGGGGCAAAGCUCCCUCACGCUGCCUCCUCUUCCUCCUUGCCGCCUUCAGGCCAUGGACAACAGAGGCCCUGUCUCCUCCGCUCUCCCAGAUCCCCGAUGUUCCGUAAGCGAGAUCUCCAGUUAUGGAGACGAAGAGCUGGAUGAGGAGACAGUGAACUUCAUCUCGGCCUUGUACGCAGCCUUGGGACCUCUCUUGCCAGAGGUAACCCAACUGCAAGGUCACCAAGACCCUCCGGCCCACCUGAUGAUUGACAUGAAGGCCAAGCUGAGGGAGUUGGGUUCCAGCGUCUCUGACGCCAGGAAGAGGCUGCUGAGAUACAACAUCUAUUUGAAGAAGAAGCUGGCCAAGGCCAUCCAGGAGAAGAGAGCCUGGAGAGAGCAACAGCUGAGGCCAGGGGAGCUUGGUGCUGAACAGGUGGGCCACCCCUGGUCUUCUCUGCAGCCCUUCUUGGUAGACUCCACAUCCUCUCUGCAGUGCCCAAGCCCUUCCUACUCUUUCUUUCACCAGCCCAGCCCACCCCAAACACCACGGGGGGUCAGGACAGAGAUGGAGUCAGGAAAAUCCAGCAUGGGGACAGAGAAGAACAUGCAGGAUACCCCAGCUCCUGAGUUUCCAAGGAUCAAACCUCCUGAGAGAUUUCAUCGGCGGAGUGACACAGCAGAUGAUCAUUCCAGGGGGAGCAUGACACCCCAGGGAGUACUCCAGAGAAGUGCUGGCAAAACAGACACCAUGUCUUCACGUCCUUCCCCUGACAGAGGCCAAUGAUCAGGCGCAAGUCAUCAGUGCCUUUGCACACGCACAAGCGUGCCACCCUCUGCCAGGCAUCCCUCUGGGGACCCCAAGAACAUCAGGGAAGCUGGACAAGGCUGAACUGUGCAUCCCCCCCACAACUAAGCAGCAACCAUAAAAGACACACCCUCAUUUCCACAAUGAGUCUAAGAUCUCUUCUUCCUAGGGCAGUGGUAGCAAACCUAUGGCACGCAUGCCAGAGGUGGCACUCGGAGCCCUCUCUGUGGGCACACACUCUGUCAUCCCAGCACAGAGUUCACCAGUUUGUCACUAGAAAGCCAGAGGAACGUGGCACUUCAUGAUAAAUAAGUGGGGUUUGGGUUGCAGUUUGGUCACUCAGUCUUUAAAAGGUCAUCAUCACUCCUAGGGUAACCACCCUCUCACUUAGCCUGGAGCUAAAUGAUUACAAAUAACUAGUUAGCUGAAAUAAUCCUUUCCCUAGCAACCAAAAAUGCAUUAAUGGCCAUCUGGGGAGCAUUGGGAAGCAGCCAUUCCCAAGAGCCCAGGAAUGGUGUCAUACCCAUACAGAGGCUAUUAUGCUCAAUAAAUAUGAAUUGGUUGACUUAAUGCUGAGGCAGGGAGCUGCUUCUUGCCAAAGUCUGCAUGGAUGCAUUGGAAGAAAGCAUGCUAAAGGGUAGGGCAAGUGAGCCUGGAUCCUUGCCCAAGUCAAGCUGCUAUAUUCAAAGUACAAACUGGUAUCUCUCUCCAACCUACCCCAAUUCCUUCUACUGACAAAGAAAUUGUUUCAUUAGUGUGUUCAGGAAAGCAGUCAGUGCUUGACAAUCUUGUUUAUUUCUAGUGAAUGGAGAUCCUGCCGAACUCAGACUGGUACAUCCCUCAUUGUGAAGUAUUGUGCAGUUUCAGAAAUAUUGGGGAAUCUUAUCUGGAUUUGAAAGAGGGCAAAUGCCUAUACUGUUGGCCCUCUGUUUUUGUGAGGGAUCUGUUCCAGACCCCCCUCCCAUAAUAGCAGAGGUUCGCGCAUAUUCAAGCCCCAUAUGCUUGAAUGGAGUGCAUCCCCAUGUCCGCAUUGCGGGCGCACACGCCACUGAAAAUAGCGGAGGUCGCCACUCCACAGAUUUUCAAGGUCAUGGGUCUCAGAUCCAUGAGUUAGGAGGGGCGACUGUACUUAGUUGGCUUUGUCUAAUGUUGUUGCCUCAACUCUCCAAACCAUCUGAGGGUCAUUAUCAGUACCCAGAGGCACAAGCUUUUCACUUACCGCUCUAGGAAAAACAUUGAGGUCAUGUUUUGCCCCACCUUCAGGUAACAGCACCCAAUUUAGGCAAAGGUUAUAGACAAAGAGGCAAAGCCACAGAGACACAGAGGCAGACCUAGACCCUAGAUCUAUGGUUGUGUUUCAAUCUGUAGUCCCUUAGGUUUAGCUACACCCCUAUAUCCCUCUCAGAUUGGUCAAGUUUUAGCACCUAUGCCAUUUUCUCCUUUCUUUACUUUGAGAAACAGCAUGAAUUGAAUAUAGACUGUUCUGUCAGUCUUUACUGCUGUCUUUGUGUUUGUCCUCAACCUGGUUUUCCUUUUUUGGGAGAGCUAUCCUAGUUAAUCAGGGGUCAGCAACGUAUGGCCCGCGGGCCGGAUCCAGCCCACGGAGACCAUGGGACCCGGCCCUGCCACCGAUUGCUGCCCCCCCGGGGGCUGCCGGCGAUCGCGCCAAUUGGCAUGAUCGCUGUCGGCCUCCUCCUCCUCCCUGCCCUGUGGGGAGGCUCGGCCUUCCCACAGGUGGGGAGAGGCUCUGGGGCCGCCGGCGAACGCCGCCCUCCAGCCCUCCCUCACUCCUUCUGCCCCGCCCCCAGGCCAGC